AUGGCGAUCGAACGAGUACCAAACCCUUCAGCGAAGCUCUCUGAUUCAGACCAGCUGAUUGAGGAUUCGGUCGCACUCUUCAGUUCGGUCUUCCAGACCAAUACGGCUACCAUUAGCCUCGUCGGUGGGGAUGUGAGUCUCCUCGGCGCCAUGGUACGAUCAAUGAUCAAAGCAGCACUCGUUGCGGGCGGGGAGUACUACCCCGCACUCGACGAGAACGACUCGGAUGAACUCACCGGAUACGCGCUGUGGUUGCCGCCCGGUCGAGACCUGUUUGACACUCCGGAGCAACGUGACUUGGGCUUCAACGACUUCAUGGCGAGUCUACCGGAAGCGGGGAAGCGUAUUACGAGGACGUCGUACGUGCUCGCUCGCAAAGAUUACUCGAAGGAGUCCUCUACAUUUGUGGACGAGUGCAUGGGAGGGCCAAAGGGAAAGAUAGACGCAUGGUGGCUCCUCAUCAUGGUCGUUCGCCCAGAGAAGCAAAAGCAAGGCAUCGGGCGCCGACUCAUCGAAACGGUGAAGAAGAAGGCGACGGAGAAAGGGCAGACGCUUGCGUGCAGCACGACGCGGGACAACAAUGUGCGGGUUUACACGUCAUACGGUUUUGAGCAGAAGGGCGUGAAGAGAUGCCUUCGCCGUGGGGCGAAUGGCCACUCUGAGUCUAACGCGAUAGUCGCACGAUAA